AAAACCAUCCGAUCCUUUUGCCCUAAGACGAAAUCGAACGGCUACAAUAAACUAUCACCUUAAAAUUAAAUUCCACAUUAUAUGUAGACAAAUCGAAGAAGAGAGACUAGAGUUGGAACUCGGCAAAGUGGUGCAGAAGGAAGGAAGAAGGAUGAAGAGGUGGUUCGAUCCGUGGUCCGUCUUCUUCAAGCGAGAAUGGAACCGCAACUGGCCUUUCCUGGUCGGGUUCGCCAUCACCGGAACCAUCAUCACCAAGCAUUCCCUCAGCCUCACUGAGGAACAAGCAAAGGAGUCGAAAUUCGUUCAGAGGCAUCAUAGGUGAAUUGAUUGAUACCUAAAAGCCAAUGUAGUUGCUCCAAUCAUCCUGAAACGGUUGCUUGCAGUUGCUUUUGCUUUUUAUGAGCUACAAUAACAGAAGAAAGCUGUUCUAGAUACUCUGUUUUUGGUUCUUAUCUUCACGAAACACCUUUAUGAUUGCAAUAUUCGCCUGUCUACUUGAUCAAGAGUUAUGUUCUUGAAAUCAAAUUGAUAAGAAAGUGGCAAAUGGCGGUUAAUUCAUUUUGAUGUCUCAUUGGCCUCUUUGAAAUAUUUCUUUGAUCUCUUGGGGUUAAUGCCACGGGCGAACAGGGAAUAGUGGU